GUCGUAGUGUUUCCAUUUGGGCGAGCAGAAUUGAUACAACUCAAUAUGUAGCUUUGCUAUUGGUCGGAUCUACUAGAACAUUUUUCAAAUGAUCAAAGAAUGUUUUUUAUCAUCUUUAGGAACGUAGAAACGUUCAAUCCAGUUCAAACUGACAAGACGCCAUUCUCAAGUUUAAAUGGGUAAAUAAGUUCGUUGUUUAAGCUUGUAAUACGUUUUAAUUUGUUUAAAUAUCUUAAAAGUUGCAUUCUAAGUAUGACAAACAAGGAACUCUUACACGAAUUGGAGGUUUUGAAGAAAACUCAUGUGGAAUUGCAACAGUUUUAUUCUUUGCUGCGUCACAUUAAGGCUGAUCUUAUAAAAAUUACCAACAAUUUUACUGCUAUUGAGGGUAAAUAGAAGAUUCCAAGUGUCCUUUGCUCUUGCAGAAAUUAUUUUAGCCAAUCAGUAAUUACAGACUUCUGAGAGAGUAUAAUUUAUAGUAUAUGACAAAAUUAUUAGUAUAAGCACUCUUAAAUUAAGACCAAGUUUGUGUCACUAGCUUGACCUAUUAUUAAAAUAGAAACAGAAGGUUCUGUUUAAUAUUGCAAAAAUGUUGGCUCGAAAAAGUAUGGUUCUCUUUCAUGGAGAGGACUCCUUGAAUGGUAUUAUUAACACAUCAUCGCCCAUAAGAAGGAAAUCCAUAGUAUCUCAAAAAUCUAACUCAGUGACUCUUUCUGAAAAUGAUGAUGAAGCUGAGAGAUUGGCACGCAGGAGAGAACUGCAACAAUUGGAUCGAAAUAGUAGUUCUAUGACUCCUCUAACUAGUAAUAACAAACGCAGAUCAUUGGGAUUGGGUUUAGUUGCUCAAAUGUCAGCGCCACAAAUGGCUGAAAGAGUUACUCAGUGCAUUAAACUAAGUGCAGAGAACAAAAUUAAUAUAAAAAAUGCAUUCAGUCUAGAAAUGAUUGAUUUCAUGACAUACAUGAUAAAGAAGAAAGACACCAACAUGACAAACUUACAAGUUGCAAGUACUUCCUUAGAUGUGAGUACUAAAAUCUAUGGAUAUCGUGUGGAUGGAAUGCAUACAGAUAUAUUGCGUAUGAUGGGUGGCUUAGAUAAACAGGAUGAUCAAGCAAGAGAGGUAUUAUCACAAACUGAUGGUGAUCAAAAUGAUAACAAUGCUGAACAAGCUCAAUUACAAGAAAAAGUCAAGAAAAAGAAAAAAUCGCAUCAGAAAAUCCUUACCAGCAUUGAGAGUCUAAAGGGCACCAUAGAAACAGUAAACUUGACAUUAGCUAUGCACCGAGAAGGUGAUUCACAGACAACCGAUAUGUUACAUCAAGCAAUGCUACCACAUCAUGCAUACUCUGGAUUCUAUCUUCAUCCUUAUAACGAUGUAAUCGCAGAUACAAACAAGAACAAUGAAUCCGAACAACAGAAAGAUCCCAUAGAAGUUUCAUAUCUCCAAAUCGAUAAUAUAUUGAACAGCGAAAUUUGUGCUCCGUUCACAAAUUUUCAAUUUAAUGGCUGGUCAGCUGAGGAUGAACCGGAAGAAGAGAAGGAGGAUGAUAACACGACGAAAAACAACGAGACAAAUUAUCAAUUUGACCUGGACGCAUCACUUCCGGAUAAUGACGAGCCUCUAGGUAAUGACAUGAAUUUCUUCGAAAGUGAAGAAGAUAUGGAAAACGUCAAUAGAUGUGCCAUUCAACGAAAUGAUGCUGUGGAAAAUAUAGUAGACUUCCGGGACGCCGUGACCUCAGCGAGUCACAAUCAACCCUUCGAAUAUUCCUACGUAAAACGAAGUGUAGCCAUUCAUUGGGCAGGUCCCAUGCACUGGAAAAUUAAAUCCAUACCAAAAUCCUUAACUGGAAGUAAAGUAAUGGAGGCUUGUCGCCAGGAAGCUGUUCGCAAACGCAAGGAAAUAGAACUACAGUAUGACGAAGAGAUAAAGGCGGCAUGUAAAGAACGAUUUGUACCUGGUCAAGCAAUAAAGUUGCUAAUAAAAACUGCAAAGACAAACUGGCAAGAAGAAAAGGUGACUCUUCCUCGGGACAUUCAUUACGAUAUUAUCAAAGCAACUUCAUUUUAUUGUCGACCAGAUGUCGUGUUGAAUUUCCAGAAGAAGAAUCAAGUGAACACCACUCAAUUAGAGGAUGAUUCAGUUGGUUAUAAUUAUGAUAAUGAAAACGACAGAACUAAUUACUGCCCCAAUGUCAACACUGAAGAUUAUCAUGCUGGUGAUGAUAACGAUUGCGACGUCGGUGGAGCAUUUGAACUGGAUGACGAUGGUGGAUUAUGCACUCAACCUUUCACUGGCGACAAUCUUGUCACUGCCCCUAAACUUGCCAAUAAAAUAUUUAUUCCAUUCUCUCAACGCGCUAAGAAAAUCGAUAUGCGUCAAUUAAAGAAAUGCAUUUGGAAGUGUUUGCUGAAGACAUCUAGUGAUAAGGAGAAUAUUGAUAUUCGAGAAGCUGUCGAAAAUGAAACUGCUGUUAAGAUAACGGAGAGCAAGAACUUUGCUGAUAUUUAUAAGGAAUUGCCAAAAACAUUAUCAAAGAACAAUGCUGAAGCUUUAAGCUUUCCUAUAGCUUUUGUCUCUUUAUUACAUUUAGCCAAUGAAAAAUCUCUUUCGGUUGGUAGUUCGUCUGAUAUGUCGGAUCUUAUCGUUCAGCAAAACUAGCAUUUGCGGUUCAUUCAUUUUUAUAAACCAUUACGGUAGCCCGAAAAUGUACUUUUUAGUACAUUUUUAUAACAACAUAAUCACACUUUGAAACCUAGUGUCCAAAACUUAUACGAUAAGUAUCAUAAAAUGAAUGAACAGUUAAAUCGAUAAAGAACCUGCGGCAAUUUCCAUAAUCUUUUAAUAUACUUUAGAUUUUAAUGACUUCUUCAUUGUAUUGUCCGAUAUAUAUGUUAAUUAAACUGACAGUUUAGAGAAAAGAGCAUAGUAUAGUAUAUUUUGAAUAAAGAUAACAUAUAAAUA